AUGUGGGAUCCUGCAUCCAAUGACCCCUCCGCACAGCAGCAGCAGCAGCAGCAGCAGCAGCGAUCGUCCGAUCUAACGACCCACCUAACUACCGCGGCCGCCAACGCCACCACCGAUCGUGGUCGCCAUACCCUGCAUACCUUUGAGGUGAAGCAACCACAAGAUGUCCCUGUCACGCAACAUGAACCCGCAACAGACCUGCUGAGGUACGAUGAUGGCCACUCGUCGUCCUAUCAGCAAGUGUACCCUUUGCCAUCAAGCCAGGGCGGUAUCAGCGGGCCCUCAUAUCAAGCGACAGGGCUGCCACCACCAUCGUCGUCGUCCAAUGGGUCAUUCGCCCCAGGACUUUUAUCAAUCAUACCGCAAAAGACGAUUAUCGUCCAUACUGUUGGACCCAACUCACACCAAUCCCAAGUGCUAGGCGGCAUCGGCCGCUCCUACCUCAACAAGCCUAAUAAUAUACCUAUGGAGAUCGACACUAUCGGCUCAUCUCCUCAGCACAGUCCGGUCUUGGGCCCUGAACAUACAUACGACGAUAAUCAACUACCAUUUCCCAAUGAGCCAAGACCUUCACCACAACCGCCAUCAUCGGAAACUGCGCCAUUACUACCACCUCCGCAGGUAUCAGUGCCACAGCAACGCUACCCACAGGAUCAAUAUUCGCCUACAUCAUCUCCCACGCCAGCACUAGCACGAUCGUCGUCAAUGUCGCCACCCACGAGCUCGCGCGACGCAUCUCCCUGUAUCGCACGACUGUCGAUCCCCGCGAGUCAUUUGUCGCUCUUUAAUGAAGCCAUCAAGAGUCUACCAGAUCCUGACCUCAAGAUCCGAAAAAAGACUGUCCGGUUCAACAAGAAUACUUCGCCACCAAGAUCUGAGCACAGGCAUGAGCGGAGUCAAGCAGAGAGUUAUGGAUCGUAUUCCCCAAGCAGCAAGUCAUCAUCAACAUCAACAUCAUCAUCACACGCGGUGUCUUCGAAGUCGACCUCUGGCAGCACGAAAGGGUCGAGCUUACAACUUCAGAUCGUGGAAAAGGACCCAGAAGAGCGAAUGGCCGAACUCAUGGAACUCAAGCAAAUGAAGAUAAGACAGGAGGAUUUGCUGCAUUUAAAGGACCAGGUUUUCCAGACGGGCCAGAAUCUAGAAGAGAAGCAGACGAUUCUGGAUGAAGUCCGGGCAGAACGGAAGAUGCUUCAUUCAGAACUGAACCGAUACAUCCUCAUGGUCAAACAAGUCCAAAAGGACCUUGAGCUCGCGACGAAUGCAGAGACUCAACUGACAAAGGAACGAGACCAACUCUCACAGUAUCUGACCCAACUCCGCGACCACGAUUUCAAGGUCCUGAAGGAAGAAGUCGACCAACUGCGAUCAAAGAAAGGCCUGCGACCACUACCAAGUCUUGAACAGGAACAGGAAGAGGUUAUGGGGCGGUACCUGGAAGAACGACGUGGACAAUGGCGCGAAGAUGGAGUUCUUCAGGACUCUCCAUCAGCUUCUUCGUCACAUCACAGCAACCAACUCAAGAUCUUCUCGUACACCAAGCAGCUCUUCAACAACUGUAGGAGGGCCAUCAACAUCUCGAAGCAGGGACAGGGACAAGACCGAGAGCAGCCGGCCAAACAGAAUACACCAGUCCUCUUCGUCCUCCUCAAGCAAAUCCAAACAUGA